AUGCCUAAACUAUCUCUUGGCGACGAGAUCGAGAUAUUCAGCCCUGUGCAUGACAUAUACCCUCUCAUAGAUCCUGCGCCUCAUUUCGCUUCCAAGACGUUCAAGGAUCAUGUCGUCAUCAUCACCGGCGGGUCGGUCGGGAUUGGCUUUGUCACCGCCCUAUUCUACGCUCGCGCUGGUGCCAAGGUCCUUAUCGUCGCACGUCGAUUGGAGAAUCUCCUUCAAGCCAAGAAGGACAUUAAAGAGGAUGUUCAAGGUGCCAAAGUUGAGACCGUCGCCGGUGACAUAUCCGAUCCCGAGGUUGGAAAGCGCGCUGUCGAGGUAGCUGUAAAGGCCUGGGGAAGAAUCGACAUCGUGAUAGCCAACCAGUUCGGAAUCAUUGGCGGUCCUGUGGGAAGGCUUGCAGAGAAGGAUCCCGUGGCUUGGUGGCGUACCCAGGAGAUCAAUGUUCGAGGCACGCUAAACAUCGUACACCCGGCAAUACCCGAACUCCUCAAAACGAAGGGCCAGAUUAUUGCCACCACAUCGGCGGCGGCCCAUGUGCGCAUCCCUGCAUUCUUCGACUACAAUAUUAGCAAGCAUACACUUGACCGCUUCAUCGAAAUCCUCGCGAUCGACUAUCCAGAGCUGACGGCGUACGCCGUGCAUCCUGGGGCGAUCCACACGCCAGGCUCUAAAUCCACUCUGUCGGAUAUGGGGCUCGAGGGUGCCUUUGAGCAUCCUGACACGGUCGAGCUUCCCGCUGCAACAUUCCUCUGGCUGACUGCGCGCAAGGCCGAAUUCCUCAGCGGCCGGUACAUCCAGGCUCCUUGGGACCUUAACGAGGUUCUGGCCAAGAAGGACGAGAUUGUACGCGAUAACUUGCUUGUCACCAAGUUGGCCGGGCCCGCCAAGCCUGCGCCUUGA